GCUAUCACUGUCAAACGGUAUUGCAUAAAAUUUUGAGGUUAUAAAAAAAUAUUUUUGUAGUUCGUGAUGGCCGACAAAAAUUUUAAGCCGAAAAUAAGCACAGGAGAAAAGGAUCCAGUGUUGAAAAAAGCCGAGCUCGAUUACAUGAAGAUAAUCGAGGAGAAGAAUCGUGAACGCGUACAAAAGUUGCAAAACAUUUCUCGUAGGAACAGAAUAACUGGUCUAGCGAUCGGCGCUGGAGUGUUUAGUAUUUACAUGUACUCUAUCUUGGCUGUAAAGCAGGAGACAUUCUUGGACGACUUCGACGAGCCAGCAAAAAUACAGCAAUAA